AAUUCUCGCCACACCCUCCACCUCCCUCUUCACCCUCGAUCUCUCCCUCCCCUGCCCACGCUUCCGACGCCAACAGCCCGCCGGCGCAGCAAGCAAGAAAGCAGGCUCGCUCUCCACUGCACCGCGGCGAUGGGGUACACGUACACGCCGACCUACUACUCGGGCCUGCAGGAGACCAUCGCGUCCGUCUGCAAGUCCAUCUUCAGCCGCCCCGGCAAGCGCCUCACCGCCGACCAGGCCGCCGCGCGCCGCCACGCCGACGCGCUCAAGUGGCAGCAGGACUCCUUCCACCGCAUCCUCCACCUCUCCGCGCUCCACCGCGAGGGCAUCGUCCCCGCCGCCGACGUCCACGCCUUCCGCGCCUCCGUCCUCGCCGCCCUCUCCGCGCCGCCGCAGGGCCCCGCCGACCACCCGCCCAUCCUCCGCGACAAGCUCCUCUUCCUCCAGGAGCUGCUCCGCGCCAAGUGCGUCUCGCCGGCCGAGUACAACGCCGCCAAGAGGCCCCUCGUGCAGCGCCUCGCCGAGCUCGGGGUCGUCAUCGACUGCCCGGACGCGGACGACGCCGGCGCCGUGCCGGCGACCAGGUCGUCCGCGGAAGAGUGGUCGGAGAUCGACCUCCAGGACCCACCGCCGCCUCCCUCCGCCGGCGACAAGCCCAAGCACAAGGCCUUCAUCUCGCCAUGGAAGAGCCGGGGCAAGAAGGAGCAGGACGUUCCGCCGCGGCCGCCGCUGGCCCGGGUGGACCAGAACAACCACUCGUCGGUCCUCAUGGCCGAGAUCUCGCCGUCUGAGGUGACGCCCGCCGGGAAAGCCGACAAGGGGAAGAGGAGGCACCUGACGGCCAUGUUCCACGGCAGUGGCGGCGGCGAGAACAAAGAGCCUGCAGCAGCGGUGGAGGAAUCCGCCGAUGAGAAAGGCAGGAAGAAGAGUUCUUGGGGGUUCAAUGGGCUUAAGAAGUGGAAGAAGUCAGGCGCCGGUGGCAAUGAGGAUGCCCCUGCCGGCGGCGACUCCGCCCCGCCGCGAUCUUCAUACAGUGAGUGCCGGCUCGAGGCGAGCCCUGCCCCGGAUGCCAAGAGGGCCAAGAAGAAGCUUCAUGCCACUGCCGCCGCCGGCGAUGUCUCUGCUUCCGAUUUGGCGAAUGACAAGGUUUUGGUGGAGGAGACAAAGAAGGAGCUCUCAAGGAUUCAGGCCGAGCUAUCAUCAACGAAUCGGAACCUGAACUUCUCGGAUCAGCAGAUUGAGGCCAUCUCAACAAAGCUCCCACUGGAUAAGUCUGAUCUCAAGACGUUCUUUCCAAAGGCAUGGUGUGACCAGAACGGGGACGGCGUGAUCGACGCCGCGCAGAAGGAGUUCAAGGGGCACGUCGAGGAGAUGGAGAAGCAGAGGGGAGAGGAGGACAUCCCCGGAGCCGGCGAGGGCUGGGCGGCUGCUUUCGACGAGGACAACUUCAACCCCAGGGCCUUCUCAGACGAUGCCAAGGGGAAGAAAGUCCAAGAGAGCCUUGACAGUGAGCAUUUCACCAACCCUUUCUAUGACGAGAAGAAGAACAGCAACCCAUUCUGGAGCCAGAGCUACAACUGAUGCAGAGUGUAUGUAGCUGGGGCCUCUAUUUUGUGCGAGAAAGCACUGUGUCUUGUAUCUUCUUGCUAAUAUGUGUUGUACUUAUGAUGGUUCAAUUGUUAUAUUGGACCUGGGCUGUUCUAUGUUGUGUUUUCAGAUGUAACAAGCUGUAUUUGGUUAAAGUUUGUAUUGAUGAGCACCUUGGUUAAUAUCAUCCAGUGUUGAUAACUAA